AUUCACACCACUGAAACAGAAGUUGAUUUGCCUUGUUGCAGUACCUCUGGGAAGGGCAUCCUGUCCGGCCAUGCUGACGGCUCGAUUGUUCGCUACUUCUUUGAUGAUGAGGGAACUGGAGAUUCACAGGGAAAGAUCUGCACCCAUGGCUGUCCUCCGUAUGCCCUGGCCUGGGCUGCCAACAGUAUCAUGGUGGCAGGAUGCGACAAGCGCGUGAUUGUGUACGGGAAGGACGGGCGGUCUAUCCAGCAGUUUGACUACAGCCGUGAUGAUGAUGAGAAGGAGCUGACCACGGCCGUCUGUAGUCCCAGUGGUCAGUCAGUGGUCGUCGGCAGCUAUGACAGGCUGCGAGUGUACAACUGGAGCCCCAGGAAGGGCCUGUGGGAUGAGGCUAGGCCAAAGGAGAUCCCUAACCUCUACACCAUCACUGCACUGGCCUGGAAGAAGGAUGGGUCCAGGCUAACUGCUGGGACCCUGUGUGGAGGAGUGGAGCUCUUUGACUGCUGUCUACGGAGGUCCAUCUACAAAAACAAGUUUGAGAUGACAUAUGUUGGGCUCAGUCAGGUCAUAGUGAAGAACCUGUCAUCAGGCACACGUGUCGUCCUGAAGUCUCACUAUGGCUAUGAAAUCGAUGAGGUCAAGAUCAUGGGGAAAGACCGUUUCCUGGUGGCACACACCUCCGACACCAUCCUUUUGGGCGACCUCAAGACCAACAAGCUCAGCGAGGUUCCCUGGCAGAACACAGGAGGCAACGAGAAGUUCUUCUUCGAGAACGAGACGGUGUGCAUGAUCUUCAACGCGGGGGAGCUGACGCUCGUGGAGUAUGGCGCCAAUGAGAUCCUCGGCUCUGUACGCACUGAGUUCAUGAACCCACAUCUCAUCAGUGUCCGACUGAACGAGAGAUCAAUCCAUGGACAGGAGGAUAACAAGAAGAUGGCCUAUCUGAUGGACAUGAAGACUAUCGCCAUUAUGGACCUGAACAUGGGUUACGCCAUCUCCUCCAUCAGCCAUGACUCUAAAAUAGACUGGCUGGAACUCAACGAGACCGGGCGCAAACUGCUCUUCAGAGAUAAGAGGAUGAGGCUGCACAUUUAUGACCUGGAGUCUCAGGUGAAGACCACCAUGCUGAACUACUGUUCGUACGUCCAGUGGGUUCCCAACAGUGAUGUGGUGGUGGCUCAGAACAGGGGCAACCUGUGUGUGUGGUACAACAUAGAUGCACCAGAGAGGGUCACCAUGUUUCCUAUCAAGGGCGACAUUGUUGACUUGGAGCGUAAUGAAGGUAAGACAGAUGUGAUAGUGAACGAGGGCGUCACCACCAUCUCCUACACCCUGGACGAGGGGCUGAUUGAGUUUGGGACAGCCAUUGAUGAUGCAGACUUCCCAAGAGCUGCAGCUUUCCUGGAGUCCCUGGAGAUGUCGUCAGAGACAGAGGCGAUGUGGAAGACCCUGAGUAAGCUGUCCCUGGAGGCCCAGCAGCUGCACAUUGCCGAGCGCUGCUACGCUGCCCUGGGAGACGUGGCCAAGGCCAAGUACCUGCAGGACGUCAACAAACUGGCAGAGAAGGCUGCAGAAGACAUGGGAGGUGAUGGUAUGGACCACUACGUGGUGCGUGCGAAGCUGGCCAUGUUGGACAAACAGUUUGGUCAGGCCGAGGCCAUCUACCUGGAGCAGAACGAGAUUGACAAGGCCAUGGAGAUGUACCAGGAGCUGCACAAGUGGGACGAGUCCAUCUCAGUGGCAGAGGCAAAGCACCACCCUGAGCUGGAGACCCUGCGCAGGAACUACUACCAGUGGCUCAUGGACACCAACCAGGAGGAGAAGGCUGGAGAGGUGAAGGAGAAUGAGGGAGACUACAUCGCAGCCAUUAACCUGUACAUGAAGGCAGGGCUGCCAGCCAAGGCAGCACGGCUGGUCACCAGUCAUGAGGAACUGCUGUCCAACACUGACCUGGUCUCCAGGAUCGCCAGCGCACUCAUCAAGGGAGAGUUCUAUGAGAGGGCUGGAGACAUGUUUGAACAGAUCCGACAGAACCAGCGUGCCCUGGAGUGUUACCGUAAGGGCCACGCGUACCGGCGUGCUGUGGAGCUGGCGAGGAUGUCCUUCCCUAACGAGGUGGUUCGUCUGGAGGAGGACUGGGGAGACUGGCUGGUCGCACAGAAACAACUGGACGCUGCCAUCAACCACUACAUCGAAGCUGGCUGCUCGCUGAAGGCCAUUGACUCUGCCAUCCAGUCUCGGCAGUGGAACAAGGCUGUACAGAUAGUGGAACUCCAGGACCCAUCUGUAGCAGCCAAGUACUACUACAAGAUAGGCCAGCACUAUGCCUCCAUACAGGAGCUAGAGACUGCAGAGCGGUUCUUUGUGAAGUCAGGCCACACUAAGGAAGCCAUCGAGAUGUACACAUCAUCUGGCAAGUGGGAGGCUGCACACAAGCUGGCCAUGACAUGUAUGAAGCCUGAGGAUGUGGCAGUGUUGUACAUCACACAGGCUCAACAGCUGGAGUCUCAGGGUCGUUAUAGGGAAGCAGAGAGGUUGUAUAUCACAGUGGAUGAGCCAGACCUGGCCAUUACUAUGUACAAGAAGUUGCGUCGCUAUGACGACAUGAUCCGGCUGGUCCGUCUGCACCACAAGGACCUCUUACAGGACACACAUCUCCACCUGGCCAAGGAGCUGGAGAGUGAGGGGAACUUCCGUCAGGCUGAACACCACUACCUGGAGGCCAAAGACUGGAAGUCUGCCGUUAACAUGUACAGGACUAACGACAUGUGGGAUGAAGCAUAUAGGGUCGCCAAGUCCCAUGGCGGCCCAAAUGCUUCCAAACAAGUGGCGUACCUGUGGGCCAAGAGCCUGGGCGGAGACUCGGCUGUCAAGCUGCUCACCAAGUUUGGGCUGCUGGAGGCUGCAAUAGACUAUGCUGCUGAGAACUGUGCCUUUGACUUUGCCUUUGACCUUUCCCGGACUGCAAUGAAGAACAAGUUACCAGAAAUCCACCUCAAGCAUGCCAUGUAUCUGGAGGAUGAGGGUAAGUUCAAGGAGGCAGAGGCAGAGUUUGUCAGGGCAGGAAAGCCUAAGGAGGCUGUGCUGAUGUACGUCCAUAACCAGGACUGGGACGCAGCACAGAGGGUUGCUGAGGAACACGACAAGGACAGUGUGUCGGAUGUGCUGGUUGGUCAGGCUAGGUACGCGUUUGAACAGAAGGAUUACCAAAAGGCAGAGACGUUCCUGCUGAGGGCCCAGCGUCCAGAGCUGGCUGUUAAAUACUAUAAGGAUGCCGGGAUGUGGUCGGACGCCCUGCGUGUGUGUAAGGAGUACAUCCCCCACAAGCUGCAGCAGCUGCAGGAUGAGUAUGACAGGGAGAUGCUCACUAAAGGCAGCCAGGGGGCCGACGCCCUCAUCGAGCAGGCCAAGGAGUGGGAGUCCUCAGGAGAGUAUGUCCGAGCUGUGGACUGUUACGUCAAGGUCACUACGGUCCACACACAAGACCCUGGGGUGUUGGAGAAGUGUUGGAAAAAGGCUGCUGAGUUAGCCAUGAAGUUCCUGAGUGCAGAGAAAGCGGUGAAGGUUGUUGAGUUGGUGGGCCCUCGUCUGAUUGAUAUCAAGAAAUACAACACGGCUGCUGAGCUAUAUCUGAGUCUAGACAUGGUGAAGGAGGCCAUAGAUGCCUUCAUGGAUGGGGAGGAGUGGAACAAGGCUAAGAGAGUGGCAAAAGAAUUGGAGCCCAGGUAUGAGCAGUAUGUUGAUGACAAGUACAAGGACUACCUGAAGAACCAGGGCAAGGUGGAAUCGCUUGUUGGAGUGGAUGUGAUCGCAGCCCUGGACAUGUAUGUGGACAGGGGACAGUGGGAGAAGUGCAUUGAGACUGCAGAGGGACAGGGCUACAAGGUCCUGCACAAGUAUGUGGCUCUGUAUGCCACCCAUCUCAUCAAGGAGGGACAAACAGACAAGGCUCUGGAUCUGUACGUCAAACAUGGGGCACCAGCAAACCCUGCAAACUUCAACAUCUACAAGCGUAUUGUGCUGGAGAUCCUGUCCAUGCCUGAUCUGGACCGUGCUGACUCCUACCGGAUGUGGGCUGACCUCAGAGACCUGCUGUUGGACCUGUGUGAGAACAUGUCCAAGUCAUCAGAAGCCAGCAGCCCGGCCCAUGAGGAGUUUGAACAGAUGCUGCAGAUUGCACACUACUAUGCCAUCAGGUCUGCAUGUAUGGGACAGAAGGGCAUGGAACACAUUGUUGCUCGGCUAUCUGUGUCCCUGUUGAGACACUCAGACAUCAUACCUGCUGACAAGGCCUUCUACGAGGCUGGUGUUCACUGUAAGUCCAUGGGGUGGGAGAACAUGGCAUUUGUGUUCCUGAACAGAUACCUGGAUCUCAGUGAAGCUAUAGAGGAAGGUUCCCUGGACAUGUUAGACAACAGUGACUUCCAGGAUACAGACAUCCCCUUUGAGAUCUCCUUACCAGAAAAGCAACACCUUCCUGAUGACAAGCGAGAGGAGGUGAAGGAGUGGGUGUUAGCCGUGUCCAUGGACCAGCGGGUAGAACAGAUCCUCCCCAUGGACGAGCGUGACACGUACGAGGCCUCGCUUGUCGCCAUCAACACCGGCAUCCGCUCACUGCCCUGUGUCGUUACAGGGUACCCUGUACUACGUAACAAGGUGGAGUUCAAACGUCCAGGCAAGGCUGCCAACAAGGAUGACUGGAACAAGUUCCUCAUGACAACCAAGAUGACCCACAGUACCGAGUGCCAGGAUGUGUUGAAGUUUGUUGGCAACUGGUGUGGGGCCACACCCAACCCCAACUUCUCCUUCCAGUAAAGUACACACAAAAUGUAGGGCAGCACUGUCUGCGUUUGAUACCUGAAAGGGUACCAUCAGAGCCAGGUUACAAAGCAUGGAGUAGUGCUUUUGCAUGGUUUACAGCAAUACUGCUUCUCAAGAAAUAAUUCAUAAUAUUAUCAACUUUAAAUCAAUCAUUCCGUCCAGUCUAGAGGACAUUUAGCUAUAUGCUACAAUUUACUGCUGAUAGCAAAGUAAGUUAGAGAUAUAUAAACUGUGUCACUGAAUUUGAAGAUAUACACAUAUUGUACAUUUAUUAUUACAUGUAUCAGAGAAUAUUGGCAUUGUAAUCAUGAUAGAGGUUUACAAGAGUGAUAUUCUGAUAUACAGAAACUGUGCUUAUUGAAAAGAUUUAAAUUAGCACACUUAAAUAGGAUGUCAGAUAGAUACAUUGUAUGUUUCCAGUGGUUAUAAUCACAUGGUUCCUUCACAAAAAUGCAAAGUACUAAUAGAAAGAUUUUAUUUGCACAUGCAUGAAAUCACAAGAUACUGCAUAAACAUGUUAUUUCAAGAUACGGCAUUCCUAGCAGAUCUUGUUGAGUUUUUGUGCUUUGUAGUCUGUGUGUUGUAGUUGUCACAAGAGACAUCAGGGACAGUUGUCAUGUUUUCUGAAGUGUACCAGACUUAACUCCAAACCAGUACUUAUAUGUAUAUGUUGCACUGUAAUGUAUGGUUUUCAUGAACAGAGGUAAAUAAAAGUUAAUCAAUUUGUGGUGAAAAA